AUGCUUCUCUUAGACUACCAGAAUGUGCUCAUCCAAUCCCUGCUCACAGAGCGCUUCUCAGGAGCCCCUCCAGUAUCCAUUGAUCAAGUAGUCUCAGACUUCGACAAUGUCGCCUUUCACGUCUCUACGCCCGAAACGAAAUCCAAAAUCCUCAUCUCUAUUGCAGUCAAAUGCUACAAAGAGCUCCUCCAGUAUGGCGCUCAAGAGGUCCUCGAGAGAGAAUACGGCACAUAUAUUGUAUCUCCGGAAGCGGGCUAUGACUUUUCCGUGCUGAUUGAUCUGGACAACCUGCCUGCCGACCAAGAAGCACGAGAGGACUUAGUACGCCGAGUCUCACUUCUCAAGCGUAAUGCCAUGGCCGCACCUUUCGAAAGAGCUUUCGCCGAUUUCGCCCGCAGGCAAGAGGAGGCUUCCAAGUUUACGAGCGAGUCUGCGCCAGAAGGCGUACGAGAGGGUGGAGAGGUGAUGGCGAUCCACUACAGAGACGAAGAGGCUAUCUACAUCAAAGCGAGUCACGACAGGGUUACGGUCAUCUUCAGUACUAUCUUCCGAGAAGAGACGGACCGGGUGUUCGGGAAGGUGUUCUUGCAGGAAUUUGUCGAUGCGAGGAGAAGGGCAAUACAGAAUGCUCCUCAAGUGCUCUUCAGGAAUGAGCCGCCGCUCGAGUUACAAGGUGUGAGAGGGCUGGCGGAUGGAACAAAUGGAGAAGUGGGCUACGUGACGUUUGUAUUAUUCCCCAGGCAUCUCACGCUGCAACGGAGGCAAGAAACCAUCUCCCACAUCCAGACUUUUCGAGACUACUUCCAUUAUCAUAUCAAAGCCUCAAAGGCUUACAUCCACUCGAGAAUGCGACGACGGACGGCGGAUUUCCUGCAGGUACUCAACAGGGCGAGACCGGAGAACGAGGAGAAAGAGCGGAAGACAGCAAGCGGUCGAACGUUCAGAGUCCAGGGAUGA